ACGUCUGCCGAGUUGUCAGGAGUUCAGACAUCGCUUCGAAAUCAACGUGCCAACGCGUCUAACAAUCGAUAGGAUGAACAAGCUGCUCGCAGGAGGUCUGUUUUUGGCGCUCGCCGGUCCACUCGUGUCCGGCUCACUGUUUAGUCCUUUUGGACCCUUCGGACCUGCUGCUCAACUGCCGGCAUAUGGAGCUGGAGCCGGAGCCGGUGCUUUCCCGGGUGCGGCUGCAGGUUUGCCUUUCUUCCCGGCUCGACCAGGAGUUGGCCAGCUGCCGGCAUAUCCACCGUUCUACCCACCAAGCGCCUAUCUGCCGGCGGGAGUUGCUCCUGCUUUUCCACCCACAAUGGGUCGCACGCUACCAUUAGCCACCCCGGCACCAGUGUUGCCAGCAGCCGCCACCGGAAACCUGCGAGCCGUUGCCACCAACGCCGACGUGCUGGGUCGCCUCGCCGUGGCUGACCUGCCAGAGGACUUGCAGCAGCGCGCCCAAGAACUGCAGCUUGCCAGCGACCAGGGCUUCGACGCAUGUGAGCAGUUGCUCCAGACACCUGGAGCCUACUGGCAAUACAAGCGGUGCAACGCGUUCCAGCUGCGCACGGUUCUGACCGCCGCCAAGGCUUUGGAGCAGGAGGCCACCGCUCGCACCACGGCCGCUGCCCCCGGUACCACCCCUACGGAACCCGCCCAGACCGUUGUCUAGGUGCUUAUCAGCAAAACACCCUUGAACACCCACCGUAAUGAGCAAAAGAGCCUCCGCGAGGGCCCUUCGAACCCACGGAGCUGAUGGAGCAUGAAAUAUUACCGAAAUCAUUAAACAUGGUGUGCAUAAUUUAUUAACUGGCUGGCUGGUUACUAAUCGUAUGUGUGUGUACGCGUCAGAGCGAAUGUUUGCGAAUGUGUCCGUUUGAAGAAGAUAAGUAAUAAAGGAAACGUGGGAGGGGCUCUCGAAGAGCCUUCCGC